CGUGUUAAUCGUGUAGAGUCGCCAAGUGUUUGUCAAAUAUUUUGGGAAAUAACAUCAAACGAUAUUGACGUAGUUUUUACGAUCUUCGGUAUUUUUUUAUUCGUAUUACCAAGAAUUCUAUAUGGUGAUAAUUAUUAGCCGUAGAAAAAUUGGUAAUAAUAAUGACAUGUUUCGUCGAGAACAUAAUAUACCUACCUACUUACUUAUUCUACUUUUUCCAAAAUGUUGGCUUUUCAGGUUGAUCUUCGAUUACUAAUUCUUGUCCACUUGGUACUUCUCUCAUCGGCCGCUCUGCCGGAGAAUUCAAAGUACACCACAAAAUAUGAUAAUGUUAAUUUGGAGGAAAUAGUUCACAGCGAACGACUAUUGAAAAAUUACGUCGAUUGUCUGUUGGAUAAAGGCCACUGCACGCCUGAUGGAUUGGAAUUAAAAAAGAAUAUGCCAGACGCUAUAGAAACAGAUUGCAGCAAAUGUAGCGAAAAGCAAAAAGAAGGAUCCGACUUCAUCAUGAAAUAUUUAAUUGACAACAAACCCGAAUAUUGGAAUCCACUACAGGAAAAGUACGAUCCAACUGGGUCUUACAAAACGAGAUAUUUUGAAUCUAAAAAGCAAGAAGUUAAAGUCGAACCAAUCUCGCAAGCAUCCUAAAACCAACUCGAAAUUUUAUUUAUAUAGAUAUUUAUUUGAAAUAUGUUUUAAUUAGUCAAUUAUAGUUAAUAAAUAUGAAUAUAGA